UACAAGGGAUACAUACAAUUACUGGUACAUCAAAACUGUUUGAACUAUUCUAUCACCGACACACUGUGAUGCAAGGCAGAACGACAAUCCUCUUGUUUGUCGGUGUUGUGUCCUGUUCUGUUGGGGUCCUGUUUCUCCAGAAUCAGGUGAGAGAGUCAGUUGACAGCAUCGUCACCAAGAUGGCUGCAUCAAUGCAGAAGGCGGGGGCCAUUCCUCAAACAAGCAACUUACACAAUCAGAUACAGCCUCGAAAGAUGGAAUCGCAUGAUAUUGUCUCAUCAGAAAGCCAUACAAGGGUUGCCAAUAUUGACGACAAUGACAAUUCGCCACUCAAAAAUAUUCGCAAGGAAGGACACGUUGUCCUACCGUCCAAGAGUGAGAUUGAGAGAAUGUCAGCCGAGGCCGCCUUCAGAACGUAUCACAGUUACCUUGACAACACUGACAUCGUAUGUCACCGGAAGCUGCGAAUGGGCGAGUGCGGAGAUGGGGGAUGGGAGAUAUGCGACGACAAGGAGUACCGUCCAGUAAAACCUUGCAUUGUAUAUUCCUUUGGAAUCAACAGUGAUUUUUCCUUUGACGACGAUACAGCCAAAUCCUAUGAAUGUGACGUAUUUUCUUUUGAUCCAAGCAUGAAACAGGCCAGUCACCAGAGGUCCCAGCAUGUUCGGUUUCUGAAGUUGGGGAUCAGUGGGACUGACAAACGCAAAGGAGCGUGGCAACUUCACACACUUCGUAGUUUCAAGAAAAUGCUGAACCACACAGGGAAGGUGAUAGAUGUCCUCAAGAUCGACGUGGAAUUUUCUGAGUGGCCGUCACUGCCGGAUAUGACGACAUCUGGCGAGCUCUUCAAAGUCAAACAGUUGCUGAUAGAAUACCAUGGGGGUUGCGGUAACAAAGAUAAUUGCAUAAAGAUCUUGAAGAUCUUAAAGGAUAUCCAUGAUGUUGGCUUCAGGAAGUUUUAUGUCCACAAAAACUCCGCUUGUACGUUUAGAUCUAUUCUAUUUCCUGUCUUGAGAACAACGUGCUAUGAAGUUCAUUAUGUAAAUAUCCAUCCGGUAUUUUGAGCAAUGAUCUGAGCCGUCGGUGUAUGAUGACACUUAUUAUUCCGAAAUAAUUAUUUUAGUACCAAUACCAUAAUAUAAGAAUAUGUCUUGUUAGAGUGGAAUUA